UAUUAUCUGUCGACGACUUUUUCUGGCAUAAUAACUGUUUGAUGGCAUUUCUUUUCCCCGAGAAGACCUUUUUCAAAACUACAAACAUGUUCUUGUUCUUGCUGUGUGUUUUUCUUUCGUGUCUGCCAUUUUAUUUAUCAGCCCAGACUGAUAGACAAAACGAAAGACCUAUAAUAGGAGUACUGGCACAGGACGUUUAUUUACCCCAACCUAGCCAAACAGCUUACAUAGCUGCCUCCUAUGUGAAGUUCCUGGAGUCAGCAGGAGCCAGAGUUGUACCUGUCAUGAUAAACCAGACACUGGAGGAGUAUAAGACACUGUUCAACUCAAUCAAUGGGAUCCUUUACCCAGGCGGCGGUGUCAGCAUCAUCUCAUCUGGCUAUGAAAGGGCUGCUAAAAUCUUUUAUGACCUCGCUAUUGAGGCAAACAAGCGUGGCGACUAUUUUCCUGUGUGGGGUACCUGUCUCGGGUUUGAACAGCUGAUGUAUUUAACAAGCAAAAAGACAAUACUGGCAUAUACCAAUACGAGCGGCGUGGCAUUGCCUCUGAACUUCACUAAUGCUGAGGACAGCAGGAUGUUUAAAGGCUUCCCUGCUCAGCUCAUGAAAGAUCUAGCCUCUGAGCCACUGACGGUUAACUCUCACAAAUGGAGCUUGGGAAUGUUGACUUACAAUACAAAUGAGGAACUGAAGAAGUUUUACAAAGUUCUCUCUGUAAACACAGAUGGAAAUGUAGAGUUUGUGUCAACAGUGGAAGCAUAUGACUAUCCUAUUUACGGGACACAGUGGCAUCCAGAGAAAAAUGCUUUUGAAUGGACACGGUCUUCUAUUCCCCAUUCCCCGUCGGCAGUCAAGACCACCUUCUAUAUGGCUGAAUUCUUUGUCAAUGAGGCCAGGAAGAACUUUCACAAAUUUGAAACUGAGGAGGGGGAGAGCAAAGUGCUGAUAUACAACUACAAUCCUGUUUACACUGGGACUAAAAGUGCCUUUGAGCAAAUAUAUUUCUUCUGA